ACCACACAAAUUUCAAGAAUAUGUCCCAGUCUAACUUCUUAUACUGUCCUUGUUGGGAUCCUUGGAAGAUAGGAUGUAAAAGGCUUGUGAAAGCCAAAGCAGGCCAGCUGAAUCAGAAGCACAGAGUAAUAUUGCCUGCCAGAACUUAUAUACAACCACUAAGAAGCAGGAAGCCUCGAGAUAUAUCAAAGGAGUUUGAAGAGGAGGUCAUUCCUGGUUUUACCGUGGUUCGCAGUAAAGAACACAUUGAUGUCACUCUUGGAGAGGAAUUCUUUGAGCGGAAGAAACCUUCCAAAGAAUCUGCCAAGCCCACUGUGCCUCGCACUCCGCCGAAGCUUGAAACGGAGGAUGUUAUCACUGACUUGGUGGAGCAGAUUGCCGAACUCACCGCUAUGAUGGAGCAACUGCGGCGGGAUCACCAGGCCACCCACAAGCAGCUGGAGAAAGAUAUGGAGGAAAAAUGCAAUGAGAUGCAAGAGGAACAUGAAAAGAAAAUGAGGGAGGUUCAAGCAUUUCAUGCAUCGGAACUGUGUACCUUGGAAGAGCAGUAUAAGAAAGAGCUGCGAAAUGAGAGGGCAACCGCACAAGAGAAGCUGACUGAGAUGCAAAAGGAGUACAAGUAUCUGAAGAAUGCAUUUCGUGUGUACCAGGACAGCAUUUCUGAUGAAAUGGAGGAAAAGUGGCUAAGAAGGCAAGCAGAAUGGAAAAAAAGUGAGAGGACUGAACGAGAGAAAGCACUGUUACAACAAAAACAAUCCUUGACAAAGAAGUUUGAGUUGGAGAUAGAGGAACAGAAGAAAAUUAUUCAGAAUAACAGUUUUUUGAUAGGUAAAGCCUAUGAACAAGAAAGAGAGGAAUUUCAAAAGCAACAGCAGCACACCAUGGAUACCAUAGUCGAGCAGACCCAGAAGAUCAGGUCUUUGGAGGAAGAGUUGAAGGAGAAGAAUGAGACCCUGCAUGCCAUUGCUUCAUCUCUUCACAAGACAGAGCUGGAACUCCUGAAUGAGAAAACCAACUUAGCAGAGAUGGAGAAAAACAUACAGCAACGCAUUGCAAUGCUUGAAGAGAAACAUCGAAUUAAUCUCGCUACUUUGGUAGAAGAAAAUGUACUUUUGAGACGCAAACUUAUUGAGAAGAAUGAAGAGAUAUUCAACGGACAGUCCCGUAGAAGCACCAUCUUUGAGCCAAACAACUAGGACUGAAUAUGAAAAGCCUGGCAGGUGUUUAACUGAUGGCAAGCUGGCAGGUCUCUGCAUUUAAGGCCAAAUCCCAGUGGUGGACAUUAUUGCUCAUUUUGGUCGUUAUGUUGAUGAAUCUGUACUGGCUACUGCCAGGUCGUCUUGUGUUGUGUUCCUCUUUGAGGCUGAGUAGCCAAACCUUUCUUGUCCUUAAAUGAAAGCAAGAUGAGGAUCUUGCUUGCUUAUACAUCACCUGUUUGUUUGUACAUGUAAACAACCUUCCCUUCCAGUGAGGAUGUUGAUAAAAGGGGCAUAUUCUAGCCAAAUGUAGUAACUUACAUAUCCAAAGAAUUUGAACAGGAGCAAGCAAAAAACAACUGUCCUGAUUAUCAGUGGAUUUUUUUAAAAAAACACACCGCCUUAUGCUUAAGAUGCUAUACAGAGGGAUCAACUGAUCUCUAU